CGAGAGGGAUAUCUGACCAAGCUCUGGUGAGCAAAAACAAAAUGUCUACUCGCUACCACCAAGCUGCUAGCGAUAGCUACCUGGAACUUUUGAAAGAGGCUACCAAGAGAGAUCUAAAUCUUUCUGAUGAAGAUGGCAUGACUCCCACUCUCCUGGCAGCCUACCAUGGGAACUUGGAAGCCCUAGAAAUAAUCUGCAGCAGAGGAGGUGACCCUGAUAGAUGUGACAUCUGGGGAAAUACUCCUCUGCAUUAUGCAGCCUCCAAUGGCCAUGCCCACUGUGUCACAUUCCUGAUCAACUUUGGUGCCAACAUCUUUGCCCUGGAUAAUGACUUACAGUCUCCACUGGAUGCUGCUGCCAGCAGGGAGCAGAGUGAAUGCGUUGCUCUCCUGGAUAAGGCUGCCAGUGCCCAGAACAUCAUGAACCCCAAGAAGGUCAUCAGGUUGAAGGAGCAGUCUCAGAAGAAUGCCAGGAGGCAGAUCAAAGAGUGUGAGAGGCUCCAGGAGAAGCAUCAAAACAAGAUGGCCCGCACCUACAGCAAGGAGGAAUCUGGGACUCUUUCUUCUUCCAAGGGCACCUUCUCCGGGUCAUCCUUUUCAAAUGCUUCUGCUUCCAGCACAUUUGGGUCACUGUCAAAGGGGAUUAAGGACACUUUCAAGUUAAAGUUCAAGAAAAACAAAGAUACAGCAGAGCAGGUGAGGAAGGAAGGCAGAAGUGGGCAAAGAAAUGUGAUGGACGUGUUCAGAGAGGAGGAGGAAGACUCAUUCUCAGAGGACUUCAAAGAGAACCUCCAGUUUCCAGCAGAGGAGAACAGCGGUGUGCAGCAUGAGUCCAUUCUCAAGCGCCCAGGUCUAGGAAGUGUUGUUUUCAGAGGGAACAGAGUAUCAAGUCUUGAAGACAUCUCAGACAGCAAAAGGGAGCUAGGAUUUAAAAUGCCUAGUGAAUUAUUUCAAAGACAAGGAGCAGCUGAGGCUAGUGAAGACAGAGAGGAAAAGAGCCUUGAAGAUCUGUCUUGGGAUGAGGACGAAGUGGAGUGGGAGGAAGAUGUGGUUGAUGCUACUCCUCUGGAAGUGUUCUUGCAGUCACAGCACCUGGAAGAGUUCCUUCCCAUUUUCAUGAGAGAGCAGAUUGAUCUUGAAGCUCUGUUGCUCUGCUCUGAUGAGGACCUUCAGAGCAUACAAAUGCAGCUGGGUCCCAGAAAGAAAGUUCUUAAUGCCAUCAACAGAAGGAAGCAAGUGCUACAACACCCUGGACAGCUGGUUGACACCAGCCUCUGAUGGAGAUUGCUGGGUCAAUAGGGUGAACCUGCGGCAUUGAAGUGAUGUUGUGACCCACUGGCAGUACUCCAGGCAAUGUCCCCUCUCUGUCCAAGGCUGGAGCACCAGGAAUGGUUUCUACGGUUUUGAAGAUACCUACCUGAAAAAGAGGUUCAAACUCUACUCUGGAAAAUAGGAUAUGCCCAUCCAAAUAAACUACCAGUGAGAAUUCUAGGAAACUUUGGAAUAAGAAAAUGGUGUUUCUCUUUAACUAUCAUAUAU